UUCAUUAUUAUCCUAAUAUAAAAGAAACUACACAACAACUAUUCUUUCGCCUUUUUUUUGACGAAUCUACUACAACAGAACAAAUAGCCCUUUUACGUAAAUUAUGGUCUUUGAUAAUGAGUUAUUCCACAAACAAUGAUGAAUAUCUUUAUGCAUUUUAUGGAAGAAUACAAUUUCUUGAAAGUGAUCAAGAAGAAGUUAGAUCGCUCAUGUGGAAAGAGAUUCAAAAUUUCGUUGACAGGUGCAACGACACAGGAAAUACUUGUGAUAAUGAAUCAUCAAUCCACUCUAUGAUACCAACUCUUAGUUCUGAAAUUAUUCCUUUAUACGAUCCGUCAUCAUCAUUACAUUUUACAAAAUCUCUCUCCCCUAUUCCACCUGAAUUUGAUAAUAAUAACAACGAUUAUCUUGGAAUUUCUCUUGAAAGUAUUUGUAAUUCUAUUAAUGAUCCCUUUAUUGUGCAAACAACUAACAAUAAUAAAAUAAAAUCUUCGCCAAUCGUACCUUCUCAACGUAUCCCUCGUGCACAUUUGAAGAAAGAUUAUCAAGAAGGUGGAAUUUCACUACCCGUGUCUCCAAAUGAAUUUACGUUAUCAAGAAUUCAAAGAAGUGAUGAAUCAAUUACUUUCAAUAAUCAAUUUAUGCCAAAUUUAAUGCCGUAUAUCGAUUCAAAUUCGUCUCAUAACAACACACCAAUUAUUGAUGAUGAAAUAGAUUAUUUUCGACAUUUAACUAACGAAGGAACAAAUUUUCUAUGUUUCCAAUCAACAACUUCAUCGCCUUUAUUUUCAAACGAAAAUUGCACCACACCUACUUUUAAUAGUUUGCAACCAUCUCCAUCUCUUAACCCAUUGAAUGAAAUCGAACAUUCAUAUGGUAUACUAUCCCCUACAAAUGAUUAUACACAACAACAAAUUGAUGAAAAAAACUGGUUUUGGAAUAAUUGAAGAAUAAUAUUCCAUUCCUUAUGUACAGUAGAGUUGUAUAUACACACCACUAUAACCAAAAUAAUCACCACAAUCACCAAAUAAGGUAACCCGGCGAUGAUUGAAAUCGUUGAAUUCGGCAAAAAAAAAAAAAUCUUUACCUUUCGAUAAAACUUGCGCUGCGCGGUAAAUUCAGGAAAUUCCAAACAUUAGUCACGUGUUAAAGUAUUUAAAAAUUAUUUAUAUAUUUUAUUUAUAUUAAAUUUUAUGCAAACUAAGGCUGUAAAAAAUAUAUAAUAUAUAAU